CACCAGGGCGGAAGACAUCAAAAGGCCCAUGAACCUACUGAACCUCCCUUGUCAGUAGCCGGCACUUUCUCUGCCGCUGCUCCGCCCUCCCGCCUCCACCGACGGCGACCUCGCUUCUCUACGGCCGGCUGCCAACCCAACCGCCGUCUCUACCAGAUAGGCCACCACCGCAUCCUCCUAGCCAUCCCUCUUAAGCAUCAGCAGAUCUACGGCGACCGGUCGAACCAGCGUAGCGGCCCUCCCUAGCCAUGGCCACUGUACCAGUUAACCCGAAGCCUUUCCUGAACAACCUGACAGGGAAGUCUGUUAUUGUCAAACUGAAGUGGGGUAUGGAGUACAAAGGGUACCUUGUUUCUGUGGACUCUUACAUGAAUCUGCAGCUUGCUGAUACAGAGGAGUAUAUUGAUGGACAAUUCUCUGGAAACCUUGGAGAUAUACUGAUAAGGUGCAACAAUGUUAUGUAUAUGCGUGGCGUUCCAGAGGAUACCGAGAUAGAGGAUGCAGCGUGAGAAGACAUGGACCGCUGUCACGCGUAGAUAUCUGACAUGAACGUGCCAAUCUAGUCCCGUUUCAGAUGUUGUCUCUCCAUUGAUGCAGGAUGUACGAUUUACCUGCUCCCAUGCUAUCUACAUGUUUGGUUGUAGUGGUGACCAGAUUUUUCAGUUUUCAAUCGUCUGGAUGGUGCUAUCGUCCUUGCUGAGUGUUAGAAGUACUGAAUUUCUUCA